AUGGAUGUGAUUGACUUAGAAGAUGAGGAAAUAAAUGCCGAGAGUCUUAAUUCAAUUGCAGUUACAAACCAGCACCCGCAGACUGCUCUUAGCACUAGCAACCCUGCUGCUCUUCGUGAAACAGUUGUUGAAGUGCCGAAUGUUAGUUGGGAAGAUAUUGGAGGUCUCGAGACUGUUAAGAAAGAACUUCAAGAGACGGUUCAAUAUCCUGUGAAGCAUUCUGAGAAAUUUGGAAUUAUCAAGGGACCUGAAUUGCUUACGAUGUGGUUUGGAGAGAGUGAGGCCAAUGUACAUGAAAUCUUUGACAAGGCCCGCGGAUUUGCUACUUGUAUCCUGUUCUGUGACGAACUUGAUUCCAUUGCAACUCAGAGAGGGAGUAGUGUAGGUGAUGCUGGGGGUGCUGCCGAUAGGGUUUUGAAUAAACUCCUUACAGAAAUGGAUGGGAUAUCGGCAAAGAAAACUGUUUUCAUCAUUGGGGCCACCAACAGACCUGACAUUAUAGACCCUGCACUUUUGCGUCCAGGCCACCUGGAUCAGUUGAUUUACAUCCCUCUCCCUAAUGAGGAAUCUCGCUAUCAAAUAUUCAAGUCUUGCUUGAGGAAGUCCCCAGUUCCUAAAGAUGUGGACAUCAGAGCCCUUGCCGAGUACACCAAAGGAUUUAGUGGUGCGGAUAUAACAAAAAUAUGCCAGCGUGCUUGCAAAUAUGCAAUAAGAGAGAAUAUUGUGAAGGAUAUUGAGAGGGAGAGGAUGAGAAAUGAGAAUCCUGAGGCAAUGGAGGUGGAUGCUGAUGAUGAAGUAGCAGAGAUCAAGGCAGCUCAUUUUGAGGAAUCGAUGAAGCAUGCUCGUAGGAGUGUUAGUAAUGCUGAUAUCCGCAAGUACCAGGCAUUUGCGCAGACAUUGCAGCAGUCAAUAGCGUUUGGAACGGAGUUCAGGUUCACAGGCAGUGCUUCUGGGGGAGGCACUGCAUACGACUCUUGCAACAGCUGCUUCAGGGGCUCAUGA